UUCAUUUGCAAGGUUGCAAAGAUAACAACAAAAGUUUCAGAUGUUUAAUGAGAUGAAGCAUGGAGCUAUUGGGAAAAAGAGGGGAAAAAAACGUAAUUGCAGCAUCAGAGUGGGUGGUAGAUGGGUUGGUCAGUCUGAUCCAGACGCUGUAUAAAUGAAAGACCAAUAGGGAGAGCAGAACAAACUCCUAACAGGAGGAGACUCACUCAUGGCCUAUGAGACAGAGGAUCAUGAGACUCAAUACUGCUUUCCUGCCAUCAACUCAUCAUGUUUCAAAGGAAAACGCUCCAGACAUGAAUACAAUAUCAUGUAUGUGUUUGUAUCAUUGCUGUCAGCAUGGACUGUGUUUCUGAACCUGCUGGUGAUCAUCUCCAUCUCUCACUUUAAGAAGCUUCACACUCCAACCAACCUGAUUAUUCUCUCUCUGGCUGUGGCCGACCUGUUUACUGGACUUAUUGUGAUGCCUGUGGAUGCCAUAAAUUUGAUUGAGACGUGUUGGUACUUUGGAGACACUUUAUGUGCACUGUUUAUGGAAAUUAUGGGAGUGAUUAUCUCAGCAUCUCUCAGUAAUUUAGUUUUAAUUGCGAUUGAUCGUUAUGUGGCUGUGUGUCACCCUUUACUGUACCCACAGAAAAUAACCACAACUAAAGCCUUAAUGACCAUCUGUCUUUUUUGGUUUUGCUCUUCAGCUUAUAUUACUGGUCUGUUAAGCAGCAAUGGACGUUUUGACACAUCACACAAAACAGAUGCAUGUUAUGGAGAGUGUUAUUUCAUGUUAAGUUUUACAUGGAAAGUCACUGAUCUGUUCAUGUCCUUGCUGUUUCCUUGUACCCUGAUCAUAACUUUAUAUUUGAGGAUAUUUUAUGUUGUACAUCAGCAAGUGAAAGUAAUAAACUCUCUGAUGAAGGGUGGUAAAUGUGUAAUGGAAGGUUCAGUGAGGAGGAAAUCUGAGAGCAAAGCUGCUCUGACAUUAGGAAUCAUUGUGGCAAUUCAUAUUCUCUGUUGGUUACCUCUCUAUAUUUUUUCUCUUGCAGGGAAUACAGUAAUGUCCACUGUAGUUAUGAAUUUUUUAACAUGGGUCUUCUAUAUUAACUCAGGCCUGAAUCCUCUUAUCUAUGCUUUAUUUUACCCUUGGUUUAGAAGGUCAUUUAAACACAUCCUAUCACUUAAGAUAUUUCAGUCAACAUCAUCUUUGGUGGAUAUUCUUAUAAUUGAUCAUUCAUUAGUACUGUAUUUCACAAUGAAGUUGUGUUUCAGCUUUCAAAAUGGCAAAGCCCACUUUCAAGCCGCACCCUCUGAUAUAAUGCAGCAUAAACAAUAUUACACAUUACAUUUUAUGUUGUUGUAAAAAAUGUAAAUUUACAGACACAAAUAAGUCACUUGUCACAGCUUGUAUGAAAAAAAAAAACAACCUAUGUGACCUUAAUGAGAAGCCCAC